ACGCUAUGUCAUGUUUGCCCAGUCUUUAGAGUGUUGUCGCACAGGAGUCCAAGAAGAGAAGGCGGUCAUCACUGGCACAAGCAGGGGGUGAACUAGGAUCCAAUGUCUCAGUGAUCUUUGCUUAGGUACCUUAGCCACACACACCGCCACAGUCAAACUCACUACUGCCCCUCGGUAAGCAUCCAUCUUCAACCAUAUCGACAAAAUGGCAAAGAGCGCACGAGCAAGCACCAGAAAGGCUAACAACAGGCGCCUUGUUAAACACGUUUUUGGUCCCGCUGAGGCUGCACGAAAUGAGCGUCUUUCUGCUAAGCUCCUUGAGUUGGCCAAGCAGCCCAAGCCUGAGUCUUCAGAUGUGAACAUGAACACACAAGAAGAGGACAUCAACGAUGAUGCCAAGGAGGAUGUUCAAGACAAUGAAGCCACAUCAAUGGAUGUGGACUCAAAGAAGCCUUCAAGUGGUCGCAUUGAGAAGAAGCGAGUCGACAAGCGCAAGCAAAAGUCUUCCAAGAUUGUUUUCAAGUCUUACGGUGGUCGAUCCAAGGGCAAGAAGAAGAGCUCUUAGACUAAACUUGGGGUAAAAUUGUUUUCUGGUCUUUGUUCUGGUUUUCUUUAUCCAUUCAUCGGCGUUUAGCAGCAAAAUCUAAAUCAAUCUGAAUCUGUGAUACCCGAAAUUUCCAUCUAGAUUUGCCCCUCAGCCUUGUGUGGCUCAACAUUCAAUUUGAGUUGGCUAGCCAAUCACACUACUAGCUUCAACCACCACCUCUUUGGUUCGUCUUGGCAAGGCUAUCGUAAAGGUUGUCGCGCUCAUCUCGACA